GUUCUAGCUUUGCUUUCGCUCUGCGCGUGGAUUCCGCAGCUGCGAGCUGGGCAGAGCUCAUCCUCGAAGAGGUCGAGCCCCUGCUCUUGGACCUCGGCGUUCUGAGUGUGGCGAGGGAGGAGCAGGACGACUUGAGAGUGUACUUAGAGGCCGACAAUCUUCCGCAGAUCCAAGCCAACGAGCUGCGUAGGAGCAUGAGCGAGGAUCUUCCACUCCUUGUUUUUGGCCCACUGAGUGCCUUCCUGGCCACGCUGCUGCGUGGCCGGCUUCUCGUAGCGCUCACCGCAGCAGUGCUGGCAUUUGCGGUGCCAGUCAUUGCUUCACUUGGGAUUUUGGGACGCCGUGAUGAGCUGCUCGAGGGCGUGGAGGUCAGGAUAGUGGCCACAGCAGCAUGGUUUCUGGUUGCAGCAGGCGUCGCGGACCUCAGCGCAGCCUGCGCACAUGCGAUGGAGGAGCGGCGGGAGAGUCUUCGAUUGAUGGCGCCCCAGUGGCUGCUUGUCCGGCUGCUGUCCCAGUCAGCGAAACAGUUGCAGGCUGCAUCUCCGCCAAGUCUUUGGCACCAGGUCAUGGCCUGCAUGCCCCUGGAGGCCCUCCUGCCCACAGUGGCAGCUGGUCUUAUGCUGCUACUCCUCUCCAUGCGGGAAAACCUGGAGUUAGUGGCAAAUUUCGCUGCCCAUGCAGGGAUGGGACUCAUACUCUGCGCACCACUGACGGCUUUGAUGGUGCCCGCUGCCGUCGAAGCUGGAGAUGCUAUUGCCGCGCGUGUCCAGGCCUGGCGCGAGGCGAGCGACCUCGAGCUUUCGGACGCCCGGGCGCUCCAGACGGUCUUCGACAACACCUUCCCCUUUGAGCUCGAGCCUGGGUUCUCCCGCGGACCAGUGAGGGGCAAUCAGGUUCAUGUGCUGUCGAAUGAGGGCUGA